UAUAGAUUCGCAGAUUUUGCAUCACUCAACACUAGCAACAGCUGAUUAAUUCAACGUAACCUCGUAAAGUUCCUUCGACCGCUAAACUUUAGUUCCUUUGGUUCUUCUCAUUCAAUUGACGAGAUAUAUAAUGCAUUUCUUGAUGAGAAACAAUUCAAAACAGUUGCUAUUAUGGAGCAAACAUCUGUACAGAACAUGUAACUCAAGAACACUUGUUAGUGAAUCUAAAGCAAAAAUCGCAUACAAUGACAUGAUGCAACAACGCCAGCAACAAGCCACAUGCAGUAUUGUGGUGCAAGUUCAGUCAGAGAAAUCAUUCCCUGAAUUGUAUAACUACUGCGCAAGUUUUGGAGAAAUAGUAAGUGCACACCAUUACCACAUACAACAAGAUGACGAACAGCAUUAUAUAUUAUUGGAAUUUUGUAAUGCACAAGAAGCCUCCGCUGCUAUUUCCGCAUCAGCAUACAAUGAUGAAUUAUCAGGUGUACCAGCACAUUCACCAUUUUUAUGGUUUAGAGCAACAAGUGGCAAGCGUGCACUCAAAGCAGCGGCAAAAUCAACCAAAGCAACUUUAGCUGUAGUUAGCGGAGCUACUAUGUUGGAAAACAAUGCUUUGACUGAACUACUUUGUACGGCAACAAAUUUAGAUCAACAAAUAGUAUUACUGCAUCAGCACACACGUCUCAAUGAUCUUGGUGUGCGCUUACGUUUUCUAGCUGCAUUGCAAGUACAACAGGCAGUCUCCGGUAUGUUCCCCUACGCAAAUGCACAACCCUUCGGUUCGUCGGUGAAUGGUUUCGGCAGAAUGGGUUGUGACUUGGAUUUGAUAUUGCGUUUUGAUCGCGAAGUAGUUGGUGCAGCUACCACACAACUACGUAAUAACGAAUCGCGUCUAGUAUUCCAUACCAAAGAGAAUCUAACAAAUGGACGUUCACAAACGCAACGACAAAUGGAAAGUAUUGGUGACAUGUUACAUCUAUUUUUGCCCGGUGUUUGUCAUGUGCGACGUAUAUUGCAAGCACGUGUGCCGAUUAUUAAAUAUCAUCAUGAGCAUAUGAAUUUGGAAGUGGAUCUCUCCAUGAGUAAUCUCACCGGUUUCUACAUGUCUGAGUUGCUGUACAUGUUUGGUGAGUUGGACGAACGCGUUCGGCCGUUGACCUUCUGCAUACGUCGUUGGGCGCAAGCCUGUGGCUUGACCAAUCCCUCACCUGGUCGUUGGAUAACGAAUUUCUCGCUCACCUGCCUUGUGAUAUUCUUUCUACAGCAGAUGAAGCACCCCAUACUGCCCACCAUAAACAACAUGAUGAAAUCAGCCACACCCGAUGACAUACGUCUAACGGAGGAUGGCAUCAAUUGCAGUUUUGGACGUGAUUUCGAACGCAUCGGUUUUCGCUGUCGCAACACGUCCAAAUUAAGUGAUUUAUUGCUGCAGUUCUUCGAAUUUUACUCGCAAUUUGAUUUUCACAAUCGCGCGAUAUCGUUGAAUGAGGGACGCGCUAUAGCGAAGCCUGAUCAUUCUGCACUGUAUAUCGUCAACCCGCUGGAGCAAGUGCUGAAUGUGAGCAAAAAUGUCAGUCUCGAGGAGUGCGAACGUCUGCGCAUUGAGGUGCGCAAUGCUGCUUGGGUGCUGGAGUCGGAGGUAGAGAACCCCUCACAACCGGAGAGUGAAGGCGCUCAACUAGCCUGGGGCAUUUUACAUCUCUUCAAGUCAAAUGAGAAGUCUAUUAUACGACCGAAUAUGUUCUUCAAGCCGCGCAUGGUCGAGGUUAGCGAACUCUUCGACGGCACAGACGCUGGCACAGCAACAACUACAUCAAUCGAAUUCAAGAAUUCCAACACAAAGCGUGAGGUGGAGAGCAUAAAAGCGCAGGCACGCGGUGACUUUAAGCAAAUGCGCAUUAAUGCAACAGCAGCAGCGACGGCGGCGGCAGCAGCAACAACAGCAACAGCGCCUCCAAAGGCAGCAAAAGGGCGCCGUAGUAGAUGAGGCGGUCGACUGAAUAAGCACUCUUAAAGUUUAGCUGUAAACUGCCGUUAUUGCUGGUGCUGUUAAAGUGUAAAAUAUUUUUGUAUAUACAUUAGUAUUCACCUUCUAGUGCGGCAUAAGAAUUUUCAGACCAAAUGCGCUGUAAAAAGUGUAGAGACUAUAGUUAAUAUGUUUUUGUUUUUAAGUUUAGUGGUGUCAACUGAUCUAUCAUACAUCUCUGCUGUUGUAUUUUUAUAACAAAUGAAG